AUGUCUUUUAUCAACAAUAAAUUCAGAUGUCUUAUAUCAUGGCUCAUAUUUCUUUCUCUGGCUAUACAAAUAGCUUAUGCCGUUUCAAGUUUUACUGAUGUUCCACCACCACCGAAGCGUCCAGAACGGUUUCAUUCUCGUGAAGAACUCAAACGUUACUUGCAAGAAGUGCAUGAGUACUAUGCGAUCAUUGGUCGACCACGUUUCGGUCGCGCGCUUAUGAAACGAUAUAUCGAUCCACUUAAUACACAUCUCUCUUAUAUGUUUGAUAACAGCGAUGGCAAUUCAAAAAAUCCAACCAAUCGUAUGAAUACAGUUGUCAUUCCGGUUAUGAUCCAUGUUGUUUGCAAAAAAUAA